UUAUUGAUUCGGUUCUCGAUGUUGUGAGGAAGGAGGCUGAAAACUGUGACUGUUUACAAGGUUUCCAGGUUUGUCACUCUUUGGGAGGUGGAACUGGAUCAGGAAUGGGAACUCUCCUUAUUUCAAAGAUCAGGGAGGAGUACCCAGAUAGAAUGAUGCUUACCUUCUCUGUUUUCCCUUCCCCCAAGGUUUCAGACACAGUUGUUGAGCCCUAUAAUGCUACUCUCUCUGUUCACCAGCUUGUUGAGAAUGCUGAUGAGUGUAUGGUGUUGGAUAAUGAAGCUCUUUAUGACAUUUGCUUCCGCACUCUCAAACUUACUACACCGAGCUUUGGAGACCUAAACCAUUUGAUUUCUGCCACCAUGAGUGGUGUAACUUGCUGUCUCCGCUUCCCUGGUCAACUCAACUCUGAUCUCCGCAAGCUUGCUGUUAACCUCAUCCCAUUCCCCCGGUUGCAUUUCUUCAUGGUUGGAUUUGCUCCACUCACAUCUCGUGGGUCGCAGCAAUAUCGAGCCUUGACUGUUCCAGAGCUAACACAGCAGAUGUGGGAUGCAAAAAAUAUGAUGUGCGCUGCUGAUCCUCGUCAUGGUCGAUAUUUGACUGCUUCAGCUAUGUUUCGUGGAAAAAUGAGCACCAAGGAAGUUGAUGAACAGAUGAUAAAUGUGCAGAACAAGAACUCUUCCUAUUUUGUGGAGUGGAUCCCUAACAACGUAAAGUCAACAGUAUGUGACAUCCCUCCAACUGGUCUGAAGAUGGCCUCAACUUUCAUUGGUAAUUCCACCUCAAUUCAAGAGAUGUUCCGCAGGGUUAGUGAGCAAUUCACAGCUAUGUUCCGCAGAAAGGCUUUCUUGCAUUGGUACACCGGAGAAGGGAUGGAUGAAAUGGAGUUUACUGAGGCUGAAAGCAACAUGAAUGAUUUAGUUUCUGAGUACCAGCAAUAUCAAGACGCAACAGCUGAGGAGGAAGGUUAUGACUAUGAAGAUGAGGAGGAAGAGCAUCAAGAAGCUUAAGGAACUCAAGUUGUGAAGUAUAUCCAGUGCAAUUAUGUAGUAGUGGCUGUCAAGUUUUCUAUUUUUGUUUGGGAUAUUGGAGUGCUGUGCUACCGUGGUGGCACAUUUACUGAUUCCUUUGCGUUGUAGUUGAUACUUCUAUACAUACCUAUUAGUAUAUUGAAAUCUUAUGGAUAACAUGUUUAGGUCCUUGAUUUGAAAUAUCUUGGAAGGGGAAGAUGGCUUAUUUCUUAAGCAAUAUAUGUUUUGUGCUUUAAUUUUGACUGA